UAUUGAUAAUAGUAUCUAUCUUAUUGUUGUUAGCGUUCCAUUCGUAAUAAUAUUACUGCAGAAUAUUACUAUUAUUAAUAAAUCGCGUGUCGUUUGUUUUCCUUAGUUUAUACAUAAUUAAUUUUAAGAAAAAGUCGAAGUUCAACAUAAGACAAAGUUCAAACGAAUAUUAGACUGUUUAUAACAUACAUAUUUAUGUUCGAACCGGAAGUUAUUAUACAUAUAAUGGUCAGUCAAGAUGUGGUUAGAAUGUGAUUGGAUACUUCAAAUUCUUACAGGUGCAAUUUUAAGCCAGUUUGUCAGUUUUUAUUUAAACACGAGUGUUAAAAAUAAUGACAGGCACAAUCUAUCAUUCCUGAGUAACUGUUUCUCAAAAUACAUUUUCGCGACGGCAUGCCUUCUUAUAUCAGUGGUGGUGGUGCCCUUACUGAUCGCCGUAGUUAUUUUAUGCACCCUAUACCGAGGGUUGGUUUACGUAAUAUUAAAAGCCAAGUACAAAGAAAAGUUUAAAGGGUUUGUAGCUGGAAGAGACGUAAUUUGGUUAGUUGAAGAACCGCAGUCCAGAAAUAUUGUAGUAGCCCUGCUACUGGUCGAAGAAGUUGAAGGCAUGUCAAAAAGUGUUUACGAAACAGUGAAAGAAGCGAUAUUAAAUGAAACACAGUAUGGUUCUCUAAAAGAUACAAAGCUCGUUUAUAGUUUUCAUAAAAGUUUGGGUUAUUUUUAUAACAUCGACGAGGGGUCGCUUUCAGAUGAAUGUAUUGUAGAGUUCGACACCGAUGAUCCCGCGAAACAGUUCAUUAAUCGUGGUGAUUUGGAGAAGAAAUUGUCAAUGUAUUGCAACAACCCUUUACCACAAAAUCACACCAGGUAUUGUGAAAUACUGGUUUCGAAAAAACCGAUAAUAUGGAAAGAAGCCGAUACUAAAAAGAACUAUCCAAUAAUUGUGAGAAUCCACCACAGUCUUGGAGACGGCUUUUCGAUUUUCAAUUUUAUUAAUUCCACCCCGUUUACAAUUGUCGAACAGAACACUAUUAAAGACGGUAAUACCAAUAGUAUGAACGAUAACGGAAUUAGUUCAAAGAAAGAUCAAUAUUGUAAUGAAAAAAUGAGCAAUAAGAUAAAAACCUUAGCAACCGAAUAUAUAAAGAUGAUAACAAGUUUUCUGAUCUUUAUAACUUUCCUUCCAAAUUGUAUCAUAGUACAAAAUUUUCUGAGACCGAAAGAUGUAAACAUAUUACAUGGGCCUAAACUUAGUGGACGUAAAAAAUUCUAUUGGAACACAGAAGAUCGUGAAGAAUUAGUUCCGCUUAUCAGAAGAUUGAAAAGAAAAGUAACUGGAAGUUGUUUUAACGAUUUCAUAAUGACGGCAUUUUCCGCAAGUUUGCAUGAAUAUUUUCAAAAAAAAACGAAAGAAUUACCCAAAUAUAUAACCGGAGUUGUACCGACUAAAAUAGACUUUAAGCAGGACCGUACUGAGAAAGUGACUUUUACCAACAACUUUGCCGUGGCAUUGUUUAACAUGCCCGUUGAAAUUUCAAAUGAUACACUUAUUCAAAGAUUUAGAGAAACUGCGCUGCAGGAGCAUCGAUUAAGAGAUUCGAUUGAUUUUCAUAUUAACUACUGGGGACUAACUUUUAACGCAGUAAUACCAGUUUUCCUUGUACACUAUUUUUAUCAAUUAUCAAAAUUUACUUCAUUUAUAAGCGUUCUGCCAGGUCCGGACGCUUUUUCAUUUUUCAAUGUAUUACCUGUCACAGAAUUAUUAUAUUGGUUGCCAAACAGAGGAUACGUAGGAGUGGGACUUACGUGCCUGACCUUCAACAAAAAAUUUUAUAUGGGAUUAAUAGUGGACCAAGCCCUCUUCUCAAAAGACGACAAUUUACAAGAAAUAUUGGACAACGUACCUAAAUAUUUAAAAAUGCUCGAAAAUGAAAUUACUGGCCCUCUUAUGAUUUAAAAAUCUACAAAAUAUGUAAAUCACUAUACUAGUCUUGACAAAACGAAAAAUUAAUUUUUAAUUUUUUUAUAAUAAAUAUUGAUAAGCUUGU